AGACAUCAACCAGGGCAGCCAUUGCUUUCACUAUAGACUGUAAAAGCCUUGCACUGACUUGUGACUGCACCCAGCUCAAAAAUGAAGCUGUUUUCUUUUUUUGUAGUCUGCAUUCUGUUGGUCUGUGCACAGACGAAAGAAUCCCAACCUAAAGUCCAGGUGUACAGUUAUAACCCUGGUGAAUUUGGCAAGAACAAUCACCUGAUCUGCCAUGUGAGUGGUUUCCAUCCUCCAGACAUCAGCAUUGAACUUCUGGAGGAUGGAGUGGUAAUUCCUCAAGCCAAACAGACAGACUUGGCCUUCACUAAGGGCUGGAUGUUCCAUCUUACCAGGAGUGUGUCUUUUAUACCCCAGAAGGGCAGAGAGUACUCAUGCAGAGUCAGACACAUGCAAAAAACUCAGAAAUUCAUCUGGGAAGCUGAUAUGUAAAAAUGAACGUGGAUGACAGAGGGGGAAUCUUUUGGAUAUUAUUCAGUGAAUGUAGCUGAAAUGGGACUCAAGCACUGCAAAGCUGUGACACACUGGAGGCUGGUGUUGGAAACCAUUUCAUGUUGGCUUACAAUGUUUCCUGAUAUUAAGUUUCAUAUGGUCACUGGUGUAGGCUAUUUUAUCCCAUCCUUUUGUACACUCAAAAAAGGAUUGUUGUUGUAUGUAAAUGAAUGUUUGGAAAUGUAGGAGGGUCUUUUUUUUCUUAUCAGGUUGAAUGACUGCAAUGAAUUAUACACACUUUAAGCUAGAAAAACACUCGGAGAGCGCAGACCUCCGCCAAGAGUCCUUUAAAAAAUUCCAGGAUCCAGAAGAUGAUCCGGAUCACCGCCAAAAUUUAAUGGAUUGUUACUUGUGCCCAGUCACACCUCUGGAAAAACAUUCAGAGCAAUCUGUUCAUAACUUUUUCCGUAAUGUUGCUAACAGACAAACCAACAAACAAACCAGCGCUACCGAAAACAUAACCUCCUUGGCGGAGGUAAUAAUUCUUGUGUGUUGUUUAUUGGCAUAGACGAGCCCAAACUCUAUAGUAAAGCUUUGUAAACAGCCCAUGAGUUUUCUAAGUUGGUAACGCCUUAAAAUAUGCUGCAUUGACACUAUGUCUCCUAUAGAGGACGGAAUUUAUUUACUUUUCAACUUGGACAUCUACUAGUGACUCCAGUUUACAUCUUUGUGUGGAAUGUGUUUGUAAAAUAAGUACACUGUUAGCUUUCCAUGACAGUAAUAUAUAAGGUAAUAAUUGAACUGCUCUGGUUUAGUGUAUUAUACUAUUAUGUUUGGUACAUUAAUUCUCUUCAUAUCUUAGAUUGAAUUGCAAUUUAUCAUCACUACUAGAAGGCACCAAGAGGAAAUAUUUAAACAUGAUCAUUUUCUUGUCAGAUGCAUCAGCAUUAUUUUUAUAACACUUAUGACUGUAGGCACUUAUGAAUGGUAGGCACUGGUGGAUAUGAAUAUGAAAUAAAGUUGGCCUCUUUUGACAGUG